AUGACAGAUAGAUUCUCAGCAAUGAAACUCACCUAUGGUGAAGAAUGUUUUAAAGCUAUUCAAGAAUCUAAAGUUUUAGUAAUUGGUGCGGGUGGUAUAGGUUGUGAAGUUCUUAAAAAUUUAGUUUUAGCAGGUUUUAUAAAUAUUGAUGUUGUCGAUUUGGAUAUUAUCGAUAUUAGCAAUUUAAAUAGACAAUUUUUAUUUAGAAUGAACCAUGUUGGACAACCAAAAGCAUUAGUAGCAAAAGAUGCAGUAUUACAAUAUAAUCCAUUAGCAAAUAUAAAUGCAUAUCAUGGCGAUGUUAAAACUCAACAAUUUGAUUUGGAAUAUUUUAAGAAAUUUAAUUUAGUAUUAUCGGCAUUAGACAAUAUCUCUGCAAGAAGACAUGUUAAUAGAUUAUGUUUAUCAGCAGGACUCCCAUUAGUUGAAAGUGGAACAGCAGGAUAUUUAGGUCAAGUUACUAUUAUCAAAAAAGGUGAAACAGAGUGUUACGAAUGUCACCCAUUACCAGUACCAAAGCAAUUCCCAGUUUGUACAAUUCGUUCAAACCCAUCAGCUCCAAUUCAUUGUAUCGUUUGGGCUAAAAUGUUAUUUGGUAAACUUUUUGGUGGUCAAAAGAAUGGUGGUGAUGAUGAUACCAAUGGUAUCACUGAUAUGGAUAAUAAUAUCAUCUCUGGUAGCGAAGAAAAUGGUGAUAUAGUUAGAGAUGAACAAUUGCUUGUCGAAAAAGAAAAAGGUUAUAAGCGUUGGGUUUUCCAUAAAGUUUUCAAUACAGAUAUUCAAAUUUUAGCUAAAAUGGCAGAUCUUUGGAAAGAAAAACAACCUCCAUCACCUUUAUCUCUUGAUAAUAUUUUAGAUCAAAAAGAAAUUGACGAAACUUCUAAAGAGGGUGAUCAACUUAUUAAUCAAUUAAAAGAUCAAAAACUUUGGUCAUUCAAAGAAAAUGUUGAAGUAUUUUUAGAUUGUGCAGAAAAACUCAAGGAUCAAUCAGAGAAGGAAAAUGGUUUAGUUUGGGAUAAAGAUGAUGAGAUUUCAUUAAGUUUUGUUUGCUCUGCUUCAAAUAUUCGUUCACAAAUUUUCAACAUUCCAAUGAAGAGUCGUUUUGAUGUCAAAUCAAUGGCUGGUAAUAUUAUUCCCGCUAUCGGUACUACCAAUGCCAUCAUUAGUGGUUUAGUUUUAACAGAAGCAAUUAAAAUCAUUGGCGGUCGUUUCAAUGAAUGUCACUCAACCUAUUUAAUGAAGGAGCCAUCAUCAAGACGUCUUUUAAUUCCAACUUCACUCGAAGAACCAAAUCCAAAAUGUUUUGUUUGCAAUCGUAAUUUUAUCACCUGUAAAUUAAAUACCGAUAAAGUUACCGUCGGAAAAUUCGUUAAUGAAAUUUUAAAGAAAUCUUUAGCCGUAAAUGAACCAAUUUUAACAGUAGGUAACGAUCUUAUAUAUGAAGGUGGUGAUCAAGAUCUCGAUAAAGAAGAAAUUGCCCAAAGAAAGAAAAUUGAGGAAAAAAUUAUGGGUCAAUAUCGUCUUGUAAAUGGUUCUCAAGUCAUUAUUGAAGAUUAUAAUCAAGAUUUUAAAGUUACAAUGAACAUAGUACAUACUAAUGAGUUUGAUGAAGAUAUUAAAAAAAAAAAAGAAGAAGAAAAUAAAGAUCAAAACAGAGCAAAACAACAAGAUGAAAAGAAAAAAGAAGAAGAUGAAAAAUGGUUUGAAAUUAUUGGUUCAACUACAACACCAUCAAACGAAAAUAAAAAAGAAUGUGACGCAACAAAUACAAACGAAAAUGGUAUGGUAGAUGACGAUGAUGAUUUUGAAAUUUUAGAGACACCAGUACCAGAAUCACUAGUUUGUAAAACAUCAUCAACUGCUUCAACAAAUACAACUACAACUACCAACACAACUUCACUUAAAAGAAAGUACGACGAAGAAGAUUCUGAAAUAUCUGAUGCAAAGAAACAAAAAUCAGAUUCAUAA